CAUGCAGAAGAACUGMUGUGGUUCUAUUGUGUACAAGUUCUUAACACGACAAUUGAAAGAAUUACAGAGGAUUCAGAGUACAGUACGUUACCGCUAAAAAGGCAUMGAAAUGUCCGCUCAGUUUAAGAGGCUCUUAGUUCUGUCAGGGUGCGUGAGUGUUUUCGUUUUAGCUGGAAUUUACUUUCUUAAUAGUCAAUCAACUCCUGGAGGAUACUCRCACUGGUCCGAAUGGAGUAUUUGCUCUAAAACAUGUGGAAUUGGAUUACAAGGAAAAAUCCGUAAAUGCAACAGUCCCACACCGGGACCGCUUGGAAGACUAUGUAUCGGACCGAAUGUGAUUACACGUCGCUGCAAAGACGCUCCUUGUCCMGUAGAUGGCGGCGUGUCUGAGUGGACUGAGUUUGGUAAGUGUAACAGACGUUGUGGUAGGGGAGUUAAAAAAAGAAUUCGUACUUGCACUAACCCAAGUCCUUUAUUUGGGGGAAAGAAUUGCAACGAACACUUGGAAGAAACUUUGGCUUGCAAUACCCAUCCAUGCCCGGUAAAUGGAAGAUUUUCGAAAUGGACAGCAUUCAGUUCAUGUCAGACAGAAGGCGAAUCUUGUGGUCAGGGAAUUAAAACAAGGACAAGAAAAUGUAACGAUCCCACUCCAGCGUAUGGCGGGAAACAUUGUGUGGGAGCAAUGUCUGAAACACAUUCUUGCGAGAUUGUGUGCCAUACUUCAAAGAAUGUUAACAUAGGGAGAAUACACACUUCAAAUACAUCAGUCAGUUCAGAACUAGGAGCCGAAAACAUGGAUGUUAAUGGAAGUAGUACUGAGCCUACCASAUCAUCUAACAAAACUAAUAGUAAAGUCACCUAAUAUAAAGAUUUUUGAUAGUUUAUUAAAUAUUAGAUCUUGGGAGUGGCAACUCCCUCAUAUUAUGGGGUGGGAUGGGAGACUCAAAAAAGGGUUUCACGGAACACAUUUUUAUUUUGUUUUCAAGAAGAUGUGCUGAAUAUGGCCAGACUUCAGGGAAAAUGACAUCCUAUAACUAUAUUAAUAUAUCUGUAAAAAUAUUUAACUAUUAMGUUUGGGGAAAACUAUUAUUCAGUAUGUAUACAUUUACAACCUGUUCAUUCCUUAUUGCCAUUCCUGCAGAUCCUAGYAUUUCCUUGCAUUUGGUUUUGACCUAUGAAUUAACAUCGUACUGAAUGUGUUUGGGGCGACACAAAUUGACCAUUUGGUUCGGCGCGUGAUAGCACAACAUAUGAACCAAGCCUAAGGGAUCUUUAUUCUACAAGACAUUUUUGAAACUGCAUUGUUUUGUGUAUGUUUUGAAAACAAUUAUCCAAAGUUGAUCAUAAAAGGGGUCAUUUUUUUGUCAAUGCAAAUAAGAACUUCAAUUAAUGCACCCGUUUAAAUAUAGCCUAGGUUAUACUCACUUAUUACCACAGAGUUUUUUUGGACAUACUGACUAUUUGUGUAUACUAUACUACUUGUAAAAUUGUCAACAUCACUUCUAUCUUCCUGUUAGAAAUAUACUGUAAACUGCAAUUGUAGCAAGGUGGAUAUCAGUGCACUUUUAUUCAGUGAGAUUAGAAAUAAAUCUAACAUAUGCUAU